AUGAAAGCGGCUCCUGCGCCAAGACUUCACGUCGCCGCUCCAUCGCCAGGAGUCAAUUGUCGCGAUUUUUCCAGGUCCCUACCAAACGGUGAUGCGUUCCUGCAUACGCCUGUCACUCCUUUCAGUCUAACUAUCGCUGUUGCUCAAACUCUCACACUCCUUCUUCCCUCCUCUCUGCGCGCCUCCUCUUUCGCAAGCCAUGCCGGGAUAAUGGGCGACGAGCCUCCUGCAUCGUUAUCGCCCGUGGGAUCGGAGCCGCAGCCCUCGAUUCACCGCGAGCCCGACAACAACACGGUCGCAGACCAGCGCCCCGGCGCCAUUCGUUCCGUCUCACUCCCUGCCCCGACUGAUGCGUUACAUGACUCGAAUGGCCGAUCGCUCAGCGCCAGCGCCGCGUCUCCUGACUUCGUCGACCGGCCCGCCACUGCACGCUCCACGCGAGGGAGGACCAAGCAGGAUGAAAGACGGCCAACCACUUCGAUCGGAGCGGGGGAGCACAACCGAAUGCUGCGCUCGACAGAUGAUUCCUCUGGGGUCGAUGCGCCCUCAUUGCGGAGUGUUCCUAGCAUCGUCGUCAAUGAUUUAAGCGCCCGCCCCAGCUCACGCCCAGGGUCGCGGCCAGGGUCUCGUUGGUCGGAGCGCAAGUGGGGAGGUUUAAGAAGGAAGUCAGCCGAAUUGGAACGCAAGAUGAGCACCGAAGAAUUACCUCCAGUGCCUCCGAUUGAACCUGCAUUUAGUGGAAUCAGCUUGGAUAUUCCGACAGCAAGCCUGGAAGGGUUAGGCCAGACAAUGAAGUUUUCUAACCGAGGCAGUCUCAUCAGGAAUCGGUCCAAACGGCCGUAUCCCGCUCUCAGUGUGGAUCAACAAUCUGAGCAGCCAUCUGAACCGACCGAACAAAGCCCAGCACCAUCCUCCGAGAAACUGUCGAUCCGUCAAGUCCCCUCGACCCUUUCGCCCGACCCUUCGACGGACACCCCCGACAGCAUCAACGAUGAAAAGAAGGCAGAAGACAACGAUGUCCCACAAGCCACUCUCCGGCCGCUUAGAUCGAAGGGGACUUUAUGUCCCAGGCAGACGAGCCUUCAGAGCCGGGCUAUCUCUGCGGACGAAGAUAUGCUCUCUCGCCGCGUCCGUCUCAUGUACGAGCGGGGCAAUGACAGCGUGACUGAUUCGGAUGUUGCCAAAUCAAUCGCAGAGGAUAAUGGGGUCCUCUGGGAGGAGGGUGCCACUCCUGAUGCUGAGAUUGAUGUGGAGACUGCUUCCACUCCUGGCCCGGAUGUUCACGGAGCACUUGAGCAAAAUGGACGAGCCUCUGCCGAAGUAGAGCGAGUCAGAAUCAAAAGGGAAACACAAGAGCUGGCCGGAGGGAUUGAGUAUUGGCAGAAUGUAGGUGCUGGAGAUGUGGAUCGUUACGGUUUCAUUCGCUCGCCCGCAAAGAAUGGCAGUGGAUCAGAGCCCCAUCCCAUCCAAAGGGUAACUACCAGCCUUCUUCUCGCCUCUGAAAUGCCACGGCGGAAACGUUCUAUUCGGCCGUCAGCUACUCGCGCGAGUAACCGGUCUUUCAGUGGCCGAUCCCCAACUCGCAACAUGUCCCAUAGUUCAGCGCCAGGCCGGCCAUCUUCCUCGGCAAGCACACACAGUGUACCAAUACGGCGAUCGACCUCUCGCCUACGUUCUGCAACCAACCGCCUCCCUCACAAUAGGGACCGGAAAUUCAAGGACGAGGCAGGCGACAUGCUGACCCUCCCAGCGGACACUCCCACUGAGGGACAGGACACUGCCGCCGCGCGUGCGAUGCGGAGGAAGGAGUGGGAACGUGAGGACAAGUGGACCAAGAUGGCCAAGCCUACCAAGAAGACCAGGGAUGGUGGUGGGAUGAAAUUUGAGUUCGAUGUUCACAGUUCCAAAUUGAUUGAGCGGACGUGGAAGGGCAUUCCAGAUCGAUGGCGCUCGACGGCGUGGUUUUCGUUCCUCGAGGCUAGUGCAAAACAACAUGCGGAUAGCCCAUCCGAAGAGGAACUUAUUGAGGCUUUUCACGAGUACCAAUAUGUCUCCUCGCCCGACGACGUCCAAAUUGACAUUGAUGUCCCGCGAACUAUCUCAAGCCACAUCAUGUUUCGUCGGCGAUACCGCGGCGGACAGAGACUUCUCUUCCGGGUGCUCCACGCUAUGUCAUUAUAUUUCCCUGACACCGGCUAUGUGCAAGGAAUGGCUGCUCUUGCGGCGACCUUGCUGGCGUACUAUGACGAAGAACAUGCUUUUGUUAUGCUUGCUCGACUGUGGCAAUUACGCGGCUUGGAGGAGCUAUAUAGAUCUGGGUUCGCGGGUCUGAUGGAGGCUCUGGACGAUUUUGAACGGGAGUGGCUAGCCGGGGGUGAAGUCGCCUCGAAACUAACCGAAGUUGGCAUUCCACCCACUGCAUAUGGUACCCGCUGGUAUCUGACCCUUUUUAAUUAUUCUAUCCCUUUUCCGGCCCAACUUCGAGUGUGGGAUGUCUUCAUGCUCCUUGGAGAUGCUCAAGAUAUUACGGGCCGUCCGUCUACUUCAUCCGCCAAACAUAAGAAAGAUGCAUCUGAAGCACGUCCAAGCACGUUUGGCCAGGGUCUUGAUGUCCUCCAUGCCACCUCUGCUGCGUUGAUUGACGGAAUGCGCGAGAUUAUUCUAGAGUCUGAUUUCGAAAACAGUAUGAAGGUCCUUACCAGCUGGGUUCCGAUCAAAGAUAUUGAACUCUUCAUGCGGGUGGCCAAAGCAGAAUGGAAGGUCCAUCGCCGCAAGAAGGCGAUCUAA